UGAUCAGUCCUCUGCUGGCUCACGCGAAGGGGCACCUCCAUUCGUUCCCAACUCCAGCUCCGCCACCACUACCAUCUCCAAUCUCCUGCCUCAGUUGGCUCCAUCCCAGCGCCGAGCAGCAUUUGCCACCGAAUCGGAGCGACGGCGCCGACCAUGUCGAGCCGGACGUGCCUGAAGAAGCUGAAGCGGAUCAUUGGACGGCGCAUCCGCUCGGGAAGCCUCAGCGCUGAGGCCGCGCGCCAACUCUGGAACGAGGUGCUCCCAUCGAUCCAAUAUCGUUCCCCACCACCGGCCGCUUCAGCAGCCGCGCGCCGGUGGAGAGCCGACCGCCGCCGUUCCUGGGAGCUGGAGCAGUUCAUCGGAGAGUGUUACCGCUCGGGGGACCUCGGCCCCGAGGACGCACUCGAUCUGUUCGACGAAUUGCUUCAGCGAGCGAGGCCCGGCUCCAUUUACGCCCUCAACCAGCUGCUCACCACGGUCGCUCGCGCCCCCGUCUCCUCCUCUGUGCGCGAUGGCCCUGCGCUCGCCGUGUCCAUGUUCAACCGUAUGGCCCGAGCGGGCGCCAAGAAGGUGGCUCCAGACAUAGCUACCUUCGGCAUCCUCAUCAGCUGCUGUUGCGACGCGGGCUGUUUGAACCUCGGCUUCGCUGCAUUGGGGCAAAUCAUUAAGACGGGACUGAGGGCACAGGCCGUCACCUUCACGCCCCUGCUCAGGACCCUCUGCGCCGAGAAGAGGACGAGUGACGCAAUGAAUAUUGUGCUCAGGCGGAUGCCUGAGCUCGGCUGCACCCCCGAUGUCUUCUCCUACACCACACUUCUCAAAGGGCUUUGUGCUGAGAAGAAAUGUGAAGAGGCUGCCGAGCUGAUCCACAUGAUGGCUGAAGAUGGAGACAACUGCCCACCUAAUGUGGUGUCUUAUACCACUGUAAUCCAUGGAUUCUUUAAAGAGGGAGAUGUAGGGAAAGCUUACACCCUGUUUUGCAAAAUGCUUGAUCAUGGGAUCCCGCCAAAUGUUGUGACCUGCAAUUCAGUCAUUGAUGGCCUAUGCAAGGUUCAAGCAAUGGACAAGGCCGAGGCAGUCCUUCAGCAGAUGAUUGACGAGCAUAUUAUGCCUAAUUGUACUACAUAUAACAGUCUGAUCCAUGGAUACCUCUCUUCAGGACAGUGGACGGAGGCAGUCAGAAUUCUCAAAGAAAUGUCUAGAGAUGGGCAACGGCCAAAUGUUGUUACUUACAGUAUGCUCAUAGACUGUCUUUGUAAAUCUGGAUUGCACGCAGAAGCUAGAGAGAUCUUUAAUUCUAUGAUUCAGAGCGGUCAAAAACCCAAUGCCUCCACUUAUGGCAGUCUGCUUCAUGGGUAUGCUACCGAAGGCAAUCUUGUUGAUAUGAACAAUGUCAAAGAUCUAAUGGUACAAAAUGGAAUGCGACCUGGCCGUCAUGUCUUCAACAUAGAAAUCUAUGCAUACUGUAAAUGUGGAAGGCUAGAUGAGGCAAGCCUUACUUUUAACAAAAUGCAGCAGCAAGGAUUCAUGCCAGACAUAGUCGCCUACACCACAGUUAUAGAUGGGCUUUGCAAGAUAGGCCGGCUGGACGAUGCAAUGUCCCGAUUCUGUCAGAUGAUUGAUGAUGGAUUGUCUCCCGAUAUCAUAACAUUCAAUACUCUAAUUCAUGGUUUUGCUUUGCAUGGCAAAUGGGAGAAGGCCGAGGAAUUAUUUUAUGAGAUGAUGGAUAGAGGCAUUCCUCCUAAUGUCAAUACGUUCAAUUCAAUGAUAGACAAGCUAUUCAAAGAAGGAAAGGUUACAGAGGCCCGAAAACUCUUUGAUUUGAUGCCACGUGCAGGAGCUAAACCUAAUGUUGUUUCUUAUAAUACAAUGAUUCAUGGGUAUUUCAUAGCUGGUGAAGUGGGCGAAGUGAUGAAGCUCCUUGAUGAUAUGCUCUUGAUUGGCUUGAAACCCACUGCUGUUACCUUUAAUACUUUACUUGAUGGCAUGGUCUCUAUGGGAUUGAAACCUGAUGUUGUUACCUGUAAGACUUUGAUUGAUAGCUGCUGUGAAGAUGGCAGGAUAGAGGAUAUAUUAACUCUGUUCCGAGAAAUGUUGGGCAAGGCUGAUAAGACUGACACUAUCACGGAAAAUAUAAAACUGUGAGUGUCAUUUCAGAAUUGAUGGACUUCCAUUGGCACGGAACUCAAGCUGCAGAUGACCAAAAGGGGUAAAUAGAGAAUGGAGUGUUAACCUUAACUAUGAUGUCUUAUGUUGUCCUUAAUUGUACUUGAAGAUGAUUUGGAAGUGUCAUCAAUCUGGAGAAGUUAAGACGAGGUGUAACCGUGAAAGCUUCUUAUCACUGUUCCAGUGUGGUAAUUUCGCUCAAAGCUUUAGAAGUUGUUACACAAGCAGGAGCUAUUUCAUGCAUUUGAGAGAGCAAGUCUGCAAGGAUGCUUACAGCACAAGUUAUAUUAAUACAAUGCAAGGUGAUCUUACUCAGGCUCCAAGAACUAGUUAUAGCUUAAAGCGAGCCAAUGAAAGCAUACCAAAGAUGAACAGAGGGAAUAGUUGCCGACAAGUCAUGGUCUGGCCACUGUCAGAAAAGGCUAGCAAGCAAGUUAACUCUCGCCAUUAUAGCAUCCGUGCACUGCUUUGUUACAUUUUAAAAUAGCGUGGCAACUAGCAUGCUGAAGCUGAAUAUAGCCAGUUCCUGAUGCCACAGCUUCACCAAAGUGAGGUGAUCACCCUUCAUUGAGAGACCUACAUGCUGUGCUUGUGCUUUCUGAAAGAACUCCAGGAAUUCAGAAAUGCACCUUCAUUGAGACUUUCU